AUGGACUGCGAUGGCCGCGUCCUCUGUGCGGAAUUCUCCGGCGAUGGAAAACACAUCUUCUUUGUCUCGCUCGGGUCAUCAGGCUGCACUAUACAUGUGCGAGAUGCGGCCACUGGACAGCCGGCCCGUCGACCUGUGCACUGUGGUACAGAGAGUAAUGUCCAGUGCGUCGCCUUCUCUUCGGAGCGAGACUUCAUAGUGCUGGGCUUGUACAACAACACGAUUCAGGUUUGGAAUACCAAAGCAGGGCAGCAUAUCCACACGCUCAGAGGGAACAUGGGUUAUGUUUCAACGGUCGCUUUCUCUCCUGACGGCAAGCAGAUUGUGUCGGGCUCGGGUGACAUGAUGGUCUGUAUUUGGGAUGUGCAGUCUGAAAAGCUUGUCCAUCCACCACUCCAGGGACAUACGAACCGGGUGGUUUCCGUGGCUUUCUCGCCUGACUCCAACUGGGUGGUCUCACGUUCAACAGACGAAAUGAUUUGCUUAUGGGAUACCAUAACGGGAACACUCGUGCACGAGCUAUUGCGUGGCUAUCCAUCCGAUACAUCCUAUGUCGCAUUCUCGCAGGAUGGAAAAUGGAUUGCGUCAGGCGACGAGACCGUGCAGCUGUGGGAUGCCAAGUCUGGCCAGCCUAUCGGGUCCCCUCUUCGGGGCCACACUAGCGAUGUCGCAGCGUUGGCGAUUUCCCAGGACGGCAAAUUCGUUGUAUCCGGUUCUGUAGAUGGUGUUGUUCAUCUCUGGGACACGACAGAACAGGCCCUCUGCACGACUUUCCAUGGUCACUCCAACAGGGUGAACUCUGUGGCGUUCUCGGGAGACGGCCAGUACAUCGUCUCCGGAUCAGAGGACAGGACUGUACGCGUGUGGAACGCUUCAACCCGACGCACUGAGAAGGACAUUGUCAGAAGACACGCUGGCCUGGGCGACGGUAUAGCUGUUUCGCCGGAUGGGGAGUGUAUUAUUACUUGGCACGAGAAGGACAUUUGUGUGUGGGAUGUCUCGAUGGGAAUGCCUUUCCAAGUUCCGACCUUUCGACCCCGUUGGCCAAACCCUGCAGCAAUCUCUCCGGACGGGAAGUAUAUCGCAUUGUCAAGCUCAGGAGAGAUUAUACACGUAUGGGACAUCUCCACCGGGGAGCGUUCGCAGGAACCUCUCGAAGGGAACACUGCUCUCGUCGCAUCCCUUGCAUUCUCUCCAGACGGGAAGUGCAUCGCAUCGGGCGCAUGGGACGAGAAAAUACUCCUAUGGGACGUCGAGACAGGUCAGACUGUAUGCGCACCAUUGGAGGGGCAUACCAAACCAGUAUAUUGCGUUGCCUUUUCGCCAGAUGGCGCUUAUCUCGUCUCCAGUGACCGCGCUGGCGUCAUUCGGAUCUGGGACUCUGCCACGGGACAGACGAUCUGCGGUCCUUGGCGUGGCCAUGACGAUUGCGUUAACUCCGUCGUUUUCUCGCCAAACGGACGCUGCGUGGCCUCGGGCGGACGUGACGGUACAGUUCGCGUUUGGGAUGCGGUCACCGGGGAGGCGAUUCGCGAGCCGUUUCGGGGUCACACAAGUUGCGUCGAGACAGUGGCAUUUUCAUCGGAUGGCCAAUGCAUCAUAUCACGCGGCAACGACGACACGAUCCGGUUGUGGGAUGCCUCGACGGGGCAGGCUGACAAUGUCGAGGGACUACGGGGUGCGUCACCUCAACGUUUUACUUGA